AUGCACAUCCUCGCCUACCUAUUCAUAAUCACCUGCGUCUACCACAUAACAUGCACUCCAAACCCAAUCAUCAUCAAAGGCUCGAAAUUCUUUGACUCGAAAACGCAUGCCCAGUUCUUCAUCCAGGGUGUCGCAUACCAACCACAGAAAGAUGGCAAGAUUAUUGAUCCGAUAAGUAACGCACGUCGUGCUGAAUGGGGUCGUGAUUUGAAGCUUAUGAGGGGGUUGGGUGUUAAUGUUAUUCGUGUUUAUGAGGUGGAUCCAGACGUCGAACAUGAUGAAUUCAUGAAUGCUUUGGCUCAAGGCAAUGUGUAUUUGUUGCUGGAUGUUGGAUCUGGAAAGCAGUCCAUCAAUCGUGCAAAUCCUUCGUAUACGGUGGAGCUUUUGAAGGGAUAUGUGAAGACUGUUGAUGCGUUUUCAAAGUACGAUAACUUAUUGGGCUUUGUUGGAGGGAAUGAAGUCAUCAAUAAAGCGUCUAAUACCAAUGCUGCUCCAUUCGUCAAGGCCUUGAUCCGAGACUUGAAGACGCACAUCAAGGAAACUGCUCCUCGACCAAUACCUGUUGGUUAUGCAGCUACAGAUGACGACGCUACGAGACUUGCUGUUGCUGCUUACAUGGCUUGUGGUCAUGCUAAUGAGACGGCUGAUUUCUUGGGAAUCAAUCUCUAUGAAUGGUGCGGCAACAGCUCGUAUGAAAUCAGUGGAUACAAGGAUCGAACGGAAAACUUUAAGAAUUAUCCGAUUCCAGUGUUUCUUUCUGAGUAUGGAUGCAACAUGCCACUUCCUCGAACGUUUACCGAAGUAGCCACUAUAUAUGGUCCAGACAUGACACCUGUCUUUUCAGGCGGUCUGGUAUACGAAUAUAGUGACGAAGGCAACGACUAUGGCCUUGUCAAAAUAUCUGCAUCCAACACGACCAUACUGCCAGACUACUACACGUUCAAGAAUGCUCUAUCACAAGAACAUCCACAUGGUAUAUCUAUGGAUCAGCAAUCUGCUACAUCACCAUUAUCAACAUGUCCGAGUCAAAGCAGCACAUGGUUGGCAACCUCAGUACUUCCACCCACACCCAACUCGUGCAUUUGUGAUGCUAUGGUAAAAUCGUUGACAUGUGUCUCGUCGUCUAUGGUACAGACAGCAUCAGCCAAUACUGUAGAAUCCACCUUGUCUAAAGUGUGUGGGAUGUUGCAUGCUCAGAAUCCUGACGAUGCUUGUCCAGAGAUUGCACCUGGAAAUGGUACGUCGGCUAGUGGGUAUGGGGUUUAUAGUGCGUGUUCGUUGGAACAGAAGCUUAGUUUUGCUAUGAACAAAUUCUACUUCAAACAACAGUUACGAGUUCGAUCUGAAGCAUGUGAUUUUGCAGGAAUGGCUCGAUUGGUGUUGUCUCGAACUAGACCCACUUCUGCAAAAUCAGUCGAUACAGCCCAAUGCACUUCUGAUUCAAUGUCUUUUCCAUCGUCUGAUAGUAAACCUGCUAGAUCUGUGUUAUAA